GGCAAACACAGCGGCAAACUCACAACAGGCAAAACACACAAUGAGAGUCACUCCAGAUACCCUGCUGCGUCUUCAGAAGGACCCUCAGUCCAUUAGAAACAUCUGCAUCGUUGCACACGUCGACCAUGGGAAGACAUCGCUCUCAGACUCGCUGCUGGCAUCGAACGGUAUCAUCUCUCAGAGGUUGGCGGGUAAAGUACGAUACCUGGACUCACGUCCAGAUGAACAGUUGAGAGGAAUUACGAUGGAGAGCUCUGCGAUCUCUCUGUACUUCCGUGUGCUUCACAAGAAAGGGGAUGGUGAAGAGGGAUACGACGCUAAGGAGCAUCUCAUCAACUUGAUCGAUUCUCCGGGCCAUAUUGAUUUCUCCAGUGAGGUUAGUACUGCUUCGAGACUGUGCGAUGGUGCGGUGGUGCUGGUUGAUGUGGUGGAAGGUGUGUGUUCUCAGACGGUGACAGUGCUCAGACAGUGCUGGAUCGAUAAAUUGAAGCCGAUCUUGGUUCUAAACAAGAUUGAUAGACUGAUCACGGAGUUGAGGUUAACCCCCUCUGAGGCUUGUCUACACCUGACGAAGGUUGUUGAACAAGUCAAUUCUGUCAUUGGAAGCUUCUUCUCCGGUGAAAGAAUGGCCCAGGACCUUGCCUGGAGAGAACAGCUUGAAAAGGAAGGGCACAGUGGGAAGGAGUUCGUGGAGGAGGACGACAAAGACAUCUAUUUCGAUCCUGCUCAGAACAACGUCAUCUUCUCGAGUGCCAUCGACGGGUGGGGCUUCAACAUUAGCCAAAUGGCAAGAUUCUACGAGAACAAGUUAGGUAUCAAGAGAGAGAACCUACAAAAGGUUCUCUGGGGUGACUUCUACCUGGAUCCAAAGACUAAGAAGAUCAUUGGGCCGAAGGGAUUGAAGGGACGGUCGUUGAAACCUCUCUUCCAGCAACUGGUGCUGGAGAACAUUUGGAAGAUUUACGAGAAUAUCGUUAUUGAAAAGAACGCAGAGGUGCUUGAGAAGAUCGUCAAGGCCUUAAACAUCAAGGUGCUUCCUCGUGAUUUGAGAUCUAAGGAUAACAAAGCAUUGUUAUCUCAAGUCAUGGGCCAAUGGCUUCCUGUGUCAUCUGCGGUGCUAUUGACUGUCACUGAGAAGCUACCUUCUCCAUUAGAAUCGCAACGGACCCGUAUUCCAACUGUGCUGGAAUCUGCACCACAUCAUGAGUUAAUCGACCCAGGGUUACGGGAAGCCAUGCUCUCUUGUGAUAACAACGGCCCGGUGAGUGCUUAUGUAUCAAAGAUCCUUUCAGUGCCAGAGGAUGAGCUUCCUCGUAACUCAAGAGCCAAAUUGAGUGAGGAUGAACUGGCUGAACGUUCUAAACGUGCUAGAGAACUGGCAGCAAAGGCAGCAGAGCAGGCAAAGAUUCUUGAAGGUGAUCAAGAAGAUCAAAUUGUUGAUGAAUUUGCGCAAGUCAAGGUGUCGAACAACGACCCAUAUUCAUUGUUUGAAUAUGAAGAAGAAGAGGAAGAGGAAGAAAUUGAAGUUAAGAAGGAAGAACUCAUAGGCUUCGCAAGGGUUUAUAGUGGUACGCUUCGUAUAGGACAAGAACUAUCAGUUUUGGAACCAAAGUACGACCCUGCAAAUCCAAAGGAACAUAUCCAAACUGCUACAAUUACAGAACUCUACUUGUUGAUGGGUAAAGAGCUUGUUCCCCUGGAUGAAGUUCCAUCUGGUAACAUCGCUGGUAUAGGUGGUCUUGCAGGUAAGAUUUUGAAGAAUGGUACUUUGAUUGAACCUGGGAUCAUUGGAGUGAACCUUGCUGGUGUCUCUCUCUCUGUCCCACCAAUCGUGAGAGUUGCCGUUGAGCCUGUCAAUCCAACACAGAUGGAUAAGUUGGAACGUGGUUUGGAACUAUUGAACCAGGCUGACCCUUGUGUCCAGACUUUCCUGGAGGAUACCGGCGAACAUAUCUUAGCGACUGCUGGUGAGUUACACUUAGAACGGUGCUUGAAAGAUUUGAAAGAAAGAUUUGCUGGUAUUGAGAUUACUGCCUCGGAGCCAGUUAUUCCAUAUAGAGAGACUUUUAUCGAAACCCUCGAUUUGAACCCUCCAAAGAACCCAGACUUGGGUAGAGGUGUUGCUGAGUUUGAAUUGGGAAAUGUGCAUAUCAAGAUGAGGGCAGUUCCAUUACCUCAACCGGUUAUAGAUUUCCUUCUUGAGAACCAUGCAACUAUUAAGAAACUUGUCGACAGUAUCAACAAGCGUCGUUCUGAAGAUGAAGAGGAGGAGGACGGUUUAAAUGAUCUUGAAGAUGAUGCAGUCGGAUCCUCAUCCAUCACUGAUGCCACCACGUUUAAAAAGAAGCUGCAAGCACUAUUUGAUGCUGAUGAAAAGCACCGUGAUAUCUGGUCGGGUAUCGUUGAUCGUAUCAGCGUUUUCGGUCCAAAACGUACCGGGCCAAACAUCCUGUUUGAUACCUCCAAAGAGUCCAUUAGAAGAGUGUUCUCACAGUCUGAUGAGACCAGGUUCAGGUUUGAGAACAGUAUUGUUAACGGAUUCCAACUAAGUACACAGAACGGGCCUCUCGCUCAUGAGCCUGUGCAAGGCAUGGCAAUCAUCAUGGAGGAUAUCCGUGAAGUUGAUGAAGCAGACCAGGAGGACUCCACACCUGUUCCAAAUCUGCUCGGUAGACUCAUCACAACCACUAGAGACAACAUCCAUCAGGCACUACUUGAUUGGUCUCCUAGAAUCAUGCUUGCUAUGUAUACAUGUGACAUCCAAGCAUCGGCAGAAGUGCUAGGAAAGGUUUAUGCUGUUGUCCAACAGAAGCGUGGUCACAUUGUCAGUGAAGAGAUGAAAGAAGGAACACCUUUCUUCCAAAUCAUUGCCAAAUUGCCAGUCGUUGAGGCAUUCGGAUUCUCUGAGGAUAUCCGUAAGAGAACAUCUGGUGCUGCCCAACCACAGCUGGUGUUUUCCGGGUUUGAAAGCAUUGAUGAGGAUCCUUUCUGGGUGCCAACCACUGAAGAAGAGAUGGAAGCACUCGGUGAGUUUGCCGAACGUGAAAACAUUGCCAGAAAGUACAUGAACCAGAUCAGAAAGAGAAAGGGCUUAUUCGUUGACGAGAAAGUUGUUCAGAAUGCUGAGAAACAGAGAACUCUUAAGCGUAACUAGAAAACAACAAGGUGAUACUACUUGUUUCAUUACUAUAUCAUGGUUCUCGUAAAAUUGUAGCUGAGUAUCUCUAUAUAGUUGUCCAUUGUUAAUCUGCGAACCGUAGUUUCUUCUUUGGACGUUCCUGGUCCGUGUUGUCACCGUCAAUUGUAGACGAUUCAUUGGAAUUUCCAGCAGUGCUGGAGCUCUUGCUACUAUGAACAGGGGUUUCAUUAUCAGAUUCCGCAAUUGAUGAGCUCUCCUUCUUCUCCUCUUCGGAAUCAGAAUCGGAAUCAUCUUGAUACGUUGGUAGAAGAUUGUCCUCCUCCUCCUGUCUUUUAAGACGUUCCAACCUUU